AUGUAUGAGAAAAAAUCCAAUUCAGAAACAUUUGAUAGACGUCAAUAGAACAUGAAUCAAAGUUUUGUGUUGGAUACGCUUUCAGAUGAUGUCGAAAAGAACAUAACAAGUUCGUUGAUAGGUAUACCAGAACUGAAAGCAUACGUAACAACUUUGAAGAAACAUAAACAACAAAUGUCAGUUAUGGUUGAAAAUAUUAUUAAAACAAUAAAUGCUUCUCAAGAAAAAAAAAUGACAGACAUAUUUGUGUGGGAGAAAACUUCAGGGAAACCAUCAAAAAUAGAAUAUGGAGUUCCACUUAUAGUUGAACCUCUAAUUAUUCAUGAUGUGGGCCAUAUAGUAAAUGACACAUUUAGAAAUUACAUGUGUCACGAUCUUCUCAGAAACACAAGACAAUCAUUUAACUCGCUGGAGCUCAAAGAGCAUUUGUCGUUGAUUGAAGAUAUCCGGUGUGCGGAAAAAGACGUGAUGGAAGUGCAAGAGCGUCUUUUAAGGGUUGGCAACAGAGAUGAUUGGAUUGAACUGAAGCCGUGGAACGUCGAAAAUUACUCACUUCUGUGUCCACGGAUGUUCGCUUUCAACACAAACGAACAAAAGGGAGAUGCUCCAAAUGACAAUAUUGUCAAGAAAACCGUUUAUGGUAUUCACAGCGAAAUGAGACGACUCAGGCUGGGCCUAAAUAAAGAACGACGCAUUUUAAGCUUACCACAUUGUGUAACCAAAAUUGCACGAAAAAUACCUAUUUUAGAUGAAAUCGUGAAUAAUGGAUUGUUUGUAAAUACCAAUAUUGUGAGGUUUAAUCGUUUCAUAUCUGGUGGCAUUUACAAAAAAAAAGUUAUCAUCAGAAAUUCUGGAAAAAAACUUAUAACAUUCAAAUUAUUAACAAGCAAUUUAUCAUGGUUUGACUACGAUUAUAAGCCUAAAUGUCCACUUGCACCCGGUUUGAACGCUAAACUCAGUGUAACAUUUAAAUGUACGUCGAUGGAAGAUAAAUUCGAGCUAAUAACAUUAAUGACGAAUGAAAAUAAAAAAAUUAAUAUUCUCGUCUGCGCAGAAAACGAGUCACCGAUAUUAAACUAUACUCUAGAAUGUUAUGAUGACAUGAAAACUACGGUCUGUAAAAAAUUAGCUCUUCGAAAACCAUCAAGCGCCUGUUUGUUUGAGUGCAACGCUUGCCUGGUAGGCGCUCGUAAGACCAUAAUUGUCAAGAUAAAAAAUGUUGGACGAUCAUCAAAGUUUAUUUUAGUUCCUGAAAACGUAUGGUAUACAAAACCAGUAGAAGAUGUUGAAUGGAACGAAAUAAUACGUUUAGGUGCAUUUACAAUCACACCGUCAAUAUUCAAGAUUGAUUUUGAACAGACAAUGGAUCUUACUGUUGUAUUUGAACCACGUUUACCAUCAUUUUACUGUACCAGAUUUAUAAUCGUGUCGGACAAUUCGUGCGCGCAAGAAGUAAACGUGUUUGGCGAUGGUCAGAUGUUUGGCGCUGGGAGCGUUCAACUGACGGGACUUGGUUUGCUGUGCAAUCGGGCGGAGGCAGGAAGUUACGUGCUCGACAUGGGAAAAAUUGGCGAGGUCGUCCGGUACGUGUAUGCGAAAAACACGAGUCGUAUCAAAUAUCCAUAUCGCUGGAUCAUUAAUCAUGCAAUCGACAAUCCAAGUUCAAAAAACGCCAAAGUAAAUUUCAGCAUUCAUCCGUCAACUGGGCUAUUAGACAAGUUCUCGAAAACGAUGUUUCGAGUGGAAUGCGGCGUCUCCAACGAGAUAGUCAAUGAACAACUUACGGGCAAGUAUCGUGUAACUGCCACCAUGAUGAUUGAUGAUAUACCCAAAGAAAGUAUCGACGAUCAAAAUAUAUAUUUCGAAGAACAAGAGGACAAUCCAGAGUCGCUGUCGAUAAAAAUGGCUCAAAUCGAAGUGAUAUCCGAGUAUAAUGGAAAAGAACGUAUAUCAUUAUAUACCGACCGCAUAAUUGUAGAUUUGAAUUGGCACCAAAUAAGGACCGAUUUGUGCGUUAAAGAAACAGUGAAUUUUAUCAACAACGGGUCAUAUCCCGUGCACGUUUCGUGGAUUCCUAGUGACGAAAACGCUUACGCGUCCAUAGUGGUAGAACCCAAGUGUUUUGAAGUUACAGAUCGAGCUAAAAUCAGCGUGCUUAUCGAACCCUUAUGUCCUGGUCUAUUUCGAGAGAUGUUAAGGUUCUUGACCAAAAAUAGGGACUGUGACACCGGUGAAACAAUAGUAUACGUACGCGGGACGGUCGAACAGAUUCCUAACGUGCGCGUUCGACCGACAAUAGCACCGCUCGACAACAUCUGCGCGGGUACAUUAAAUUCGUACGACGUCGAAUUUAAUGUGAUAUCCAACGGCUCAUUUUCCGUGCAAAGGUAUCUGUACGAAUUCGACACCAUCGGUACGCUAAGUUUGCACGGCGACAUCAAGUCGUUUGGCCCAUAUGGAAACCAAAAUACGAUGUAUACUACGUUAAACUUUAAAACGCCGGUUGAAACCGAAGCGACUGGGAUCUCGUGUCAAUUAGUCGAAUGGUCGUUCGCCGGGUCAAAGACUGUACAUACCCAGUCGGUUACUUACGCGACACUCCCAGAUGUGCAUUUGAAUGUUAACACCAUUGCCAUUGCCGAGUCUCUUUACAGGGGCAUACCUCACACCCACAAAGGAAUUCAGUUACUCAAUAAUGCUCAUUGUGAUUUCGUCUACUCUUGGGGCAACCCAAUGGGAUCGGAUACGGAUAAAAUAGAUUGCAUGUUUAAGCCCAGCAGUGGGACUGUUAAUAGCAAUGCUAACGUUGAAUUUGAAUUUAUUGUAACGCCUAAGAAAAGUGGCUAUUUAAACAAAUGUCACAUACCGUGUUUUAUACAGUGCAAUGCACUUGCACCACAACAGAUCAGUCUCGAAUGUUGGGUAAAUGAAUUCAGCGCUACAGUAACAUAUGUCGACGCGUGUGAUACACAAUAUAGUAUAACGUGGCAAGAAAAUAAAAAACAAUGGAUCAUUAAUACAGAACUAAUGGAAAUUGAUUUAUUCGAAUCUGAAAGCAAUCGAACAUCAAUAACCAAAUAUUUAAAUUAUUCUGAAACUGAAAAUGCAGAAGAAUAUGAAAUUGAGCCGGAAGACCAGGAACCGACCAAAUGGCGUUUUGGAGAAUGGCCGAGACGUGACACACCGUUAUGCUCACCGUUGGUCGAACAAUUUCAACGAGAGCUGGACUACUACCAUCCCGUUAUAGCGUUUAAAGACAUAGAAUGCAAUACAGCUAUGGAACAGAGUAUAACUAUUCAAAAUACUACGAAAAUUUCCUGUCAAGUUAAAACGAAAGUUAGAUAUUAUGACUAUUUUACUUCGAGCAAAAUAAAAAACACUUACAAAGAUAAUAUAGACAUUACAUCGAAAAAAUAUUGUGCAAUAUGGAUAGAAAGAGAUGAUGAGAUUUUGUACGGUAUGGAUGAAUUCAAAGUGUCCAUAUGGGUGUUGGCCACGACUUGGGGUCGAUAUGAGGACGUGGUGACUAUUGAAUUACACGUAGGACUCGAUAUUCUACCGGCCAUCCACAUACCACUCAUCAUCAAUGCCAUUACGUUCCCUAUAGAAUUCCCUUUAGCUAAAGACGUUCACAAACCAACCAUCAACUUCAGCCUUUACUCGAUUGAAUCGGAAAAUCGAUUAGAAAUAUUGAAUAAUAGUGAAGUUCCGGUCAAAAUAUCUUGGCGCAUUUAUAAUAAAACUAAAGAAAAUAAACCAUUUGGAGUAUUAAUUGAUACAUUAACUCCCGACCAUCCAGACCACUGGUCUGUCAGAAUCACCAAUUAUGAUGGUUUAGAAAAUCCUCGGUAUUUUAAAAUUGAACCUAUUAUAUUGAAAUUAGAACCAAAGACCUUAGGAUAUGUGACAUUUUCAUUAGAUCGGGCUAAAGAAAUAUCCAUAAACCGUGAUGAAAAUAAUAUAGUAAAUGGAAAAGCAGUUGGAAUAGUGACUGCUCUUGAACCAGCUGGAGAAUAUUGUAUAAGAAAAGACGGAUUUAAAAUGAAACCAGCUGUUGUUAAUCUUUAUUCGGAAACUAGACAUUCAAUUCAACCAAACUUAGUCAUACGAGAGUUGGAUAAUAUUUUCCAAGUGUCAGCAUCGCAAAUGUAUAACUCCCGAUCACAAUAUUAUACGGUAAGUCGAUUGUUUACCAUGUGCAAUCACUUACGAUAUCCUGAAAACAUUUCGUUCAAAAUCAGUAGCCCGUUCAUUAUAACAAGUUUGAGAACAUUGAGAUGUGGUAUUCGUCCCGGAAAAGAAACUAUUUAUUUGUUUCAUAAGGAUUUGAUCGAAAUCGAACUGCAAGCUUCUAUAGAUAUUAAACAAGUCUAUAUACCAAAAAUGCCUACAACACUAUCGCCUAGAAAAUUCGAAAAAAUAGGAUACUUAAGCGCUGUAUAUGAAAAUAGUUAUUUUAAACCUAAGAUGGUUGCUACAUUCAAAAUUCACAUAUACUUCCCAGUACUAAAACUGUCAACGAACUACAUAAAUUUUGGUCAAGUGGUCGUAGAGGAAACUAAAAGCAUAAACGUGAUGUUAUCUUCUUAUUCAGGUCCUGAACGUUUUGUUACGCGCUCCGUUGACGAAGUAUUUACAAUAUCACCACCGGAUGCUGUCGUAUCAAAUAAGCCAAUCCCACUCAUAGUCUCGUUUAAACCCAAGUCUGAUAAACAAUACUUGACAAAGAUGGAAAUUUUGACAACAAUACCCAUGGAUGUAAUUUUUUUAGAAGUAUCUGGAUUAGGGAUAAAAUAA